GGCCUGGCCCGCCGCGCCGCGCGCUUCGACCCCACCUGGGAGUCCCUGGACGCCCGCCCGCUGCCGGCCUGGUUCGACCAGGCCAAGUUCGGCAUCUUUAUUCACUGGGGCGUGUUUUCCGUGCCCAGCUUCGGGAGCGAAUGGUUCUGGUGGUACUGGCAAAAGGAAAAGUUACCAGAAUAUGUGAACUUUAUGAAAGAUAAUUACCCUCCUGGUUUCAAAUAUGAAGAUUUUGGUCCUCUAUUUACAGCAAAAUUUUUUAAUGCCAACCAAUGGGCGGAUAUUUUUCAGGCCUCUGGUGCCAAAUACAUUGUCUUAACUUCCAAACAUCACGAAGGCUUUACCUUGUGGGCUUCAGAGUAUUCUUGGAACUGGAAUGCUGUAGAUGAAGGGCCCAAGAGGGACAUCGUCAAGGAACUCGAGGUGGCCAUCAGGAACAGGACUGACUUGCGUUUUGGACUGUACUACUCCCUUUUUGAAUGGUUUCACCCUCUCUUCCUUGAGGAUCAGCUCGGGUCCUUUCGCAAACGACAGUUUCCAGUUUCUAAGACGUUGCCUGAGCUCUACGAGCUGGUGACCAAGUACCAGCCGGAGGUGCUGUGGUCGGAUGGCGACGGAGGGGCGCCGGACAGCUACUGGAACAGCACCGGCUUCCUCGCCUGGCUGUACAAUGACAGCCCAGUUCGGGAUACAGUGGUCACCAAUGAUCGCUGGGGAGAUGGGAGCAUCUGCAAGCAUGGUGGCUACUACACCUGCAGUGACCGUUACAACCCAGGACACCUUUUGCCACAUAAAUGGGAAAACUGCAUGACCAUAGACAAGUUCUCCUGGGGCUAUCGGAGGGAUGCUUGGAUCUCCGACUACCUGACAAUUGAAGAAUUGGUGAAGCAACUGGUAGAAACAGUGUCCUGUGGAGGUAAUCUUCUGAUGAAUAUUGGACCCACCCUAGAUGGCACUAUUUCUGCAAUCUUUGAGGAGCGAUUAAGGCAAAUGGGGUUCUGGCUAAAAGUCAAUGGGGAAGCCAUUUAUGAGACACACACUUGGCGAUCCCAGAAUGACACUGUCACUCCAGAUGUGUGGUACACAUCCAGACCUAAAGAAAAUUUGGUCUAUGCCAUUUUUCUUAAAUGGCCCAUAUCAGGACAGCUGUUUCUUGGCCAACCCAAAGGUACUCUGGGAGCAACAGAGGUAAAACUACUGGGACAUGGACAGUCACUGAAAUGGACUCCUUUGGAGCGCAAUGGCAUUACAGUAGAACUGCCACAGCUAACCUCUCAUCAGAUGCCCUGUAAAUGGGGCUGGACUCUAGCGCUAAGUAAUGUAAUCUAAUGCACAGCAAGGUGGCCCAUGCUGCAGUUUCAGCUGAGACUAAGAAACAGCAGGCUUCUAUCAUUGGGGCACAUGGAGAGAGUAAGUGUAAAACUGGUCAAGAAAAAUCAAGUCAUUAUUUAGGCAAUUCAGCCUACCUUUCCUCUUUCUCCCUUAAUUCCCCAUGUAACUAUCUUAACUCUGCAACAUACUUUGCCAUUAAAGUUUCUCAACAUUGAA